AUGAACGGUAUAGAAGAUAAUUUGAUUAAAUGCCAAAAUUGUCAGUUGCCGCUCAAAAUAGACAGUUCACUGCUUGAUUUAAGCCUGGCUCAAACUGAUAUGCUAGUAAGUUCAGUCAACGAAUAUAAACAAGAGAAUUAUAAAAUUCCACAAGAAAGGUUACAACGUCUGAAUAAGGUGGUAUAUCCAAAUGAGGUAAACUUACAGAAACUUGGGUUAGGAUCUUACAUCUUUCUCCAGGAUGAUAUUAAAGUUGAAGACCCGAGUACUGUUGCAUCGACGAAUACAUCACUUUCUACUUCCACAGCUCAGCGAGAAGAUGAUUCGGGUGAUGAGCAAACGGAAGAGGAUCGACAACACAGAUAUUCCGGAUCUACUGUCAGAACGCUCUCUACGCAAGUGAGCGCAUUAGCUAAUGUUUUCAACAUCCUGUCUUCAAAGAGUAACAUAGAUUACCCAGUUUGUCAAGAUUGUUGCAACAUCUUGAUACGAAGAAUCCAGAGUGAAUAUGAUGAUGCUAUAAAGGAAAGAGAUCUUUAUUCUCAGUUUUUGUCGAGGAUUGAGAAACAGAAAUCUUUGACAUCUCAUGAUUCCUCAGAUGAUUCACACGAUGAAGCUGAAAAGCUAUUGAACGAGAAGGCAUCCCUGCUACAAGAGUUAAAAACCCUAGAAUUAGAGGAUGAAGAACUGGAUAAACAAAUAGCAGACUUGGAACAACAGCUGAAAGAGAAGAAGCGGUUGGAGGAAGAAGAUACUAGAAGGAACAAUUUCUAUGAGUUGGAACAAGUUGACUUGGCCCGAGAAGUGCAAUCCUUGAAAAACCAAUACGAUUUUUCUCUGAAUUAUCUUGACAAACUCCGAAAGAUCAAUAUCUAUAAUGAAACUUUCAAAAUAUCACACGAUGGACUUUUUGGGAUAAUCAAUGGGCUUAGAAUAGGUGGGUUUCAAGAUGUCAAUGUUCCGUGGCAGGAAAUAAACGCAGGUAUUGGUCAAGUAGUGUUACUUUUAGCCACCAUUACCACUCGCCUUGAAAUAAAAUUGCAGGGUUAUAAGUUGAUUCCCAUGGGGUCAUAUUCUAAAGUAUCAAAAUUCCAAGAUGACACUCAAGAAUGGGUGGCAUAUGAAGCAUUCAAUAAUGAUAACUUUAAAAUAGGGAAAUUAUUCCGAAAAGAGACCAGUUUCGAUAAAGCCAUGGAAAGCUUGUUGAUUAUUAUAAGGCAAAUGGCUGUUUGGCUUUCACAUGCUAGAUCUCAAAGGCAUGGAAGCGUAUACACAGCUGCAAGUGAAAAUGACGAGUUAAACGAUGAAGAGAUCGAGUUGCCUUACGUUAUGCACAAGGAUAAAAUUAACGGAAUAUCAGUUAAGCUGUUCGGUGGCAGACCCGGCAUGGAUUGGACGACAGCAAUGAAGUUCUUGUUAACUAACACAAAGUGGCUCUUUGCGUUUUCAUCCAGUCAAUUGGGUUAG